GACUGCUAACUAAGUAAGAAUUGGGAUUGGUAUAAUGUGCAAUUGUUCCCUUCAAGACCGACGAAUACUGACACUCAACAUCAAACUUAGUAGUAUUACGGCGCUUUUAAUAACUGUACUCAAAAUGUAUUUUUGCCUCACUUAAACGAAGGACGUUUUUUUACUAAGACAAAGCUCAAAAUAUUUACAUAAAGACGUCUUCUUAUCUUGAAAAAGCGUGGACAUUGAGAACAUAGAUAUAAUGCUGCAUUACGUCGCUGGCUCGCUGGCCACUGAUAACUUCUCCAGGGGUCAUGUUUCCGCCAUUUUGAUCAGUCACAUCUUUGACGCCUUGUGAUCCAGUUGAGUUCUAGUGCUCUCAGUGUUUCACUCUCUUUAUUUUCUUUUUGGAAUCCAUAGCGAGAUUUCAUGGUGCUGCUUGGCACGAUACAACUAACUAACACGUACAGUGUGAGCAGGGGCCCUGUCACUAGAGGCCUCAAGAUUGAAGCCUUCAAUAAAUUGACCAACCAAACCAUUUUCUUCAACUGUAAAGCCUGCCAGAAUAGGAGAAUGGCUUCGAUCCCACCGUCCGCAUUCUCGGCCGGCCGUAUCCGCGACACCCAGCGUGAUAUGAAGGUGUCUAAUAAGACCAAAGGCAACGAAUCUUCCAAGUUUUUCAACACUACAUUUAUGGAGCUAUCGCCAUUAAAAUACAAUAGCAAGUUAAUGAACAGCAUCUGGGGCCUGUACAACCGGUACUCGCCACACAACGUGAAGAAAAUCAACGAUGCCCACACUUCCGGUUCGGAGUUGCAGCAAUCGGCUGCCAACUCCAGUAACAAAAAUGAAUCCAUGAUCACUCUGCCUUCAGCCAAACUGGAUAAUGUUUGGGCUGCUAUGAAUGUAUCUCAAUCGCAUUAAAUAUUUACGUCUAAUUAAUUUUUAUUUGUUCAAAUAACGUUAGGAAUUAUCAUCUUAUAAUUAAAAAGAUUAUUUUUGAAGCAAAAUACAUGUUGUUCAUAUAA